GGCGGCGGCGGCCACCCAGCACUCCGCGAGGACGCACAGCCGCGUGGCACAGUGGAGCGACAUCACGAUGGACGAUAACGAACUGCAGGUGGUCAUCGAGGAGAUGGUGGAGGGGGCGUCGCCGACCGAGCCCGAAGCACCGGCGGGGGCGGCGGCCCGGGCGCGCCUGACGCCGUGCGCGCAGGCUGCCGCUGCUGCGACCAGCGUCGUCGUGCCAUCGCAGGUGCUGGUCGACGUGCAUGCGGAGCAGCAGCAGCAGCAGCAGCAGCUGAGAAUGACCGGUGUAGACGUCAGCCACGGCCCGGGCGAAGUCAACAACAUCGUGUCACUACCCGCAAAUGUCGGCCACGCAGGCAACCUCGCCUCGCUGCCUGGUAACAUCGGGCAUGCAGACAGCAUCGCCGUGCUGUCUGCCAAUGUUGAGCAUGCAGACAACAUCACCUCGUUGCCAGGCAACGUUAAACAUGCAGCAGACAGCAUCACCCUGUUGCCUGGCAACAUCGAGCAUGUAGAAAGCAAUGCGUCGGCUCAUGCCAAUGUGGGGCAUACAGCAGACAAAAUUGCAUCGUUACCUGCCAUUGGCGGGCACACAGACAGCAUCGUGCCUAACUUCAGGCAGGCGGACAGUAUUGUCUUAGUACCGGCCAAUGUCGCGCACGUCGGAGGUGUGAACACUGCAGGGGAGCGUGUCCUUGACCCUCCUCCUGCCGCUGCCGCCGACCUGCUCACCAGGGGGCUGGAUGAGGCGAACUUGCAGCUGCUCGCGUGCGAUCCAUCGCUCGUCGCCCAGUACGACACUGCCUGUGCAGCGGCGCACCCUGGUGGCCAGCCCCCCGACGCUUGCUCCGUACCCGAGAGUGCGGCCGACAAGCCGCCGCAGAAGCGGCCGACGUCGCUGAAUAUUCGGCCGAGAGAAUUCGCGCAGGCGACGGCGCCAUCUAGUGAAGCAUCGUCGGCUUCUAGCGUGGAGGAGGUGCUGGAGACAUCAACGUCUGAGGGCGCUAAGCAGCCAGUACUAGGCACAGACACAGCGGAACCCGGCUCUCCAUCGCUACAAAACGUUCUAGCAGCGAUCAGCCCGGAGCAGCGACGGCUCGGCAAGCUGCGCCCGUACUGGGUACCGGACAACGAAGCGCCAAACUGCAUGAACUGCCACACGCGAUUCACACUGACGAAGCGACGCCAUCACUGCCGUGCUUGCGGCAGGGUUAUGUGUGCCACCUGCUGUCAUGUGAAGUCUAAGCUUCAAUAUAUGGAAAACAAAGAGGGGAGGGUGUGUCAGGACUGCUAUAACACGAUGAACAGAGUGCUAGCAUUAGAGCACAUGAAUACACCCCCACGGACAUUACCAAACCCUAACAACCCCGCUGAGUACUGCUCAACUGUGCCGCCGCUAGAACAAGCCCAGGCUGCUGCCAAUCAACCUCCGCCCACUGUUCUAGUGCCUGUCGGUGUCCUCAAGACGGAAGGCUCAACAAAGCGCCCUGGUGAGAGGAAGCAGGUUAUGUUCUCAGAUGGUAUCCGGCCGGGAGGUGAUCUUACUGAGCUAGAUGGUGGAAGUGACCAUCGUCCACUUCGCAGAUUAGCAGGACAUGGGCGCGUGCAGAAGCGCGUCGUGUCCCCUAUUACACCUCCAGGCGACAAUUCGCCACGGCAGGGCGUGCCAAAGCGAAUCAUCCAGACGAUUGCUGGAACGGGGAAUAAUCGAUUGCAGAGUCUUAUCCCCGAUGGUCCGAAUCAGCUGCCACCUGUGAUCAUUCCAACGGAUACAGAAGAUAUUAUGAUAGAACAAAAUCCCAAACACGAGAGAAUGCUAUCAAUAAUAAAAGAUGAGUCAUCGGAGCCUGUAACAUUUUUGAUCAACAAAAAUCUCAACGUAUUGGUUAAGAUGUUUACAUUGGACUGCUGCGUGAACCGUCAGUGCUGGUGCUUUGCGUCAAACGGCAUGUGCACGGUUGGGCAGGAUGAGCUCGUCAUCGUGCUCGAGGCCCUGCCAGACGAGGAGAUAAUACCCUGCGACGUCCUGCUGCACCUCAACAGCAUCUACCAGGACGCCAGCCAAGGAAAGCGGGUACACCACAUGGGCCAUUCCAUCUUGGAAACGCCAUUUCUGGAGUCACGGGACCAUUGCGGAUUCUUGUAUAUGCGGCCGACAUUCCAGUGUCUCAACAAGCUCAUUGUUCCUGAGGCACCGUACCUGUUUGCUGUGCUCCUGCAAAAGUGGGAGAUACCAUGGGCUAAGGUGUUUCCUAUCAGGCUCAUGCUGCGGCUAGGUGCAGAGUUCAGAUACUACCCCUGUCCACUGGUCAGCGUACGAUUCAGAAAGCCUGUUUACUGUGAGAUUGGACAUACCAUCAUGAACAUUCUAGCAGAUUUAAGAAACUAUAAAUACCAGCUGCCUCAAUUAAAGGGUAUGACCAUCCACAUGGAGGACAAGAAGACCUACAUUAACUUCCCCCGAAAUCGAUACAAUGAGAUAAUUAAAGUUGUUAAUAACAGUAAUGACCACGUGAUGGCGCUAGGGGCAAACUUUAGCAAAGAAGCAGACUCCCAUCUUGUGUGCAUACAAAACGAUGAUGGUAACUACCAGACUCAGGCUAUUAACAUUCAAAACAAGCCCCGCAAAGUGACGGGAGCGAGUUUUGUUGUGUUCAACGGCGCGCUGAAGCCAGCGUCUGGACUGACAGCUAAGUCGAGUAUAGUUGAAGAUGGGCUGAUGGUGCAAAUCGUACCUGAAGACAUGGCCACCCUCAAGCAGCUGCUGAGAGAGAUGAAGGGCUAUACGAUAGGAUGUGGAGCAAUAGCAGCGAGCCAGCCAGACGAGGUUGUGGAGAUACGAUGGGUGGAAGAUGAUAAGGAUGUAAAUAUUGGAGUGAAAAGCCAGAUUGAUGGAAGACUGAUGGAUGGCGUGACAAGCCUGCGUAUUCACAACAGCACUGAUUACCUAGGAGACUCUAGGGUGAUACGCUGGACUGAAGUCUUUCUACUGCAGGUGCCAGAUGGCAGCUCAAGAAGUUGGGGUGAUCCACUGGACCUGAGUCGGCUGGCUGAGACGCUGGCUCGUGCGUGCUGCGUGGCGUUGACGGAGCAUCUAGACAUGCUGAAGGAUGCUACAAUGAGCAGACUUGGCCUGCGCGUCACCAUCGACACAGAGAAGGUUGGCUACGAGAUUGGUUCGAAUGGGAUGACAUUGUCACGAGACUACAUGAAUGACCUUGACACUCAGCUCAUUCCUGUCAUUCACCAAGCUGCAUCCCAGAACCAGGAUGGGCCAAUCACGCUCGAGCUCAUCUUCCACAUCCUUGAAUAAGCAGCCAGCAUACGCUGAUCUGACAGCAUGUAAAGUGCAUGUAGUUUUUACUGGAGAGUUUCUAUCAUUGUUGGUGAGAUACCAACCGUGCAGUUAGAAGGGCACAUCCAUUUAAUUGUAAUAAUUUAUAGACGCUCAGUUUGCGGAAUGGGUUUACUUUGUUUCCAAUAAGGUGUCUGCUACUGUUUACAAGUACUUUGCGAUUAUAAAGCAAACACUCAUAAAUAUAUUUUAAUUGAUAUAUAAUUUCGCGUUUUUAAUCUUGCAGAUUGAAGUCAGUAGAAGGUUCGAACAUAUACCAGAGUAGCCAUACACUGGCUUGUCAUCUUUCUAUUCUUGUAUUGGCUAGUUUUUCCUAAUUUUCCUGCAGUAAUAGUUUUGGCUGCGUGGUAGUUGAAUAUAAUUAGUACAUUUUGUUUUCUUGUCAUUCGUUUCUCUACUCUGGGAAAAGUUGGCUGCACGAGUGCAUUAGUCAUAAAAUAUAAUGAUCCAUUAAGACGGUGAAUGUAGAAGCCAUCAGGUUAAACGAAAUAUAAAUCUGUAUGUAUAUGAA